AUGCCAAAAGAAAAAGGAAAAGCCCCUAAAAAACCGGCUAAAACGGAUAAACAAAAAAAAGCUGAAGCUGAAAUGAUGAGAAAAGUUGUAGGUCAAUAUAAUGGUGUAUUAUCCAAAGAAGAUAUCAUAGGAAUGAAAGAAAUAUUCGAUACAUAUGAUGGAGAUAAUCAAGGAUUUAUUAAAGCAAGUAAUCUUGGACUUAUUCUUCGUACAUUGGGUUUUAAUCCACGUGACAGUGAUCUUCAACGUGUAGGAAAAGAAUAUGAUCCAGAGAGAACGGAUAGAUUAAAAUUUCCUGAAUUUGUUGCAUCUAUAUUAAGUAUUCCAACAACAAUAACUGACAAAGAAAUCAUACCAGCAUUUCAAGUAUUUGAUUUAGAGAAACGUGGUGUUUUAGAAGCUGAUGAAAUAUUAAAAUGUUUAACAAAUGUUGGAGAAAUGUUAGAUGAAGCUGAAGCAAAAGCAUUCAAAGAUAAUCUUAAACCUGAUGAUCUUGGUUUAUUUAAUUAUACUGAUUUUGUUCUGAAAUUUACUGAACCAAAAAAGAAAAAGAAGAAAGGAAAAAAGAAGGGAAAGAAGAAAAAAUAA